UUGAUCCUCACGAGAGAUUCCAGAAUGGGAUUGAAAUUUCUAAUCUCUUCCCUCUCUCUCAACUCAGCCUCGUUCCCCAUUCUCAAAUCAGAGAAGUCUCUGUCUCCUCUCUCGGCUAUUCAUCACCGUCCACUGCCUACCACCGUCAAAUUCAUCGGCGGUGAGCCCGACAAGCUCAGCUCCACCUCCGCCUAUCUUCUUCCUCUCUCUCUCUCUCAGCGCGGUCUGCCAUCUCUACCUCGCACAUCCGAUCUGCUACAAAAGUCGCGGCUUCGAGCCCACUCAGCGCCAGUGCCCGGAAAGGUCGGGCCUUGCCAUCGUCAGCUGCCGCUCGCUGCCAGCACCACUCCAACCUCUUCCUCGCACCUGUUCGCUGUCGACUCCACCGCCACCGGCGUGGCCUGGAUCCGAGCCUUCUCAGGGAGGAAGAUCAAAACAGGCGGCGUGAUGUGCUGGAGAGGAUGCGGUCAAGGGAGUGGGGAAGACGGAGGUGGAAUCAGCGGAAUUUUGGAGGCAGAGACGAGUUCUAAGAAUGGUAAUGUUACUGCAUUGAUUUGGGGAGCACUUCCACAACCACGUUCUGAUCGACAGAAGGAUAGAGUAGAGACUAACCCAGAGCAGCUGACUGCUGCAUCAGUUCAUGCUGAGAGAAUGACAAUGGAAACAGGAACUACGACUAGAGUGAUUGGCUGGUAUCAUUCACACCCUCAUAUCACAGUUCUACCAUCUCAUGUUGAUGUGCGAACUCAAGCAAUGUAUCAGCUAUUGGAUUCUGGGUUUAUUGGUUUGAUAUUUUCCUGUUUCAGUGAAGAUGCUCAAAAGGUCGGAAGGAUUCAAGUCAUUGCAUUUCAGUCUAUGGAUGGGAAGCAGGGUCACAUGAUGAAACCUCUUUCUCUCACUCCUGUCCAAAAAAGUUCUGUUAUAGAUUUAGAUUCUUCCAUGAGUUCUUCAGACAAUGCAAUUGCUUUGUUUGGUUCUUCCAAAGGAGAAACCAUGGAACAAGACACUGGAGAUUCGGAGGCAGCCAGUAGGGCUUCUAUGGGCUCGGGGAAAUCACCACGUUUGGGAGGUUUUUUUGCUAAUGCUAAUGCUAAAACAGGAAACACUAGUCAUGGUAACAGUUUGAAUGAUGCAAUUCAUGAUUUUGAUCCCAUGGAUAUGUCUGAGGGUAUGCAAGAAGCGAUGCAUUUGUCAAAUUUGGAGAUGAGUGGCGCAGAAUAUAACAGAAAGGAAAUUCCUCUUCAUGUUCUCCCUACAUCAUCCCUUCUGAGUCUCGAUUCUCCUUUGUCAUCAUUUACAAAUCUCCAACGGGUGCUGUAUGAAGAGGAGAAGACUGCGUACAAUCAAGCAAUGGCACAAAACACUAGGGAUGGAAAAAUUCACCCCCUCUCUUUCAUUCAUCACACCUCCACGUACAAGUCUUCCAUGUGUAAAAUGAUCGAAUACUGCUUGAGUCCUGCCAUGACUGUUCUUCAAGAUCGCUUGAGAGAAAAUGAAAUUCAGUUAAAUCUGCUUACGGAAGAAGCCAACCAACUGGAAUCAGAGGUUGCAAGAGGGAGUCCCUCAAAUUCAUCCCCCCGCUCUCCAUCUCAAGGCCACAGGAGUAGUUCCUCUGGUCACAGGGACCUGUAUCCGACGGACUUUAGCCACCUAAAAAAUGUCAGUGGUAGCCGGAGCCGAAGAGGGUCCCAGUCGUGAGAGGACUUAUUCUAGUGUGUGCUGAGCUUCCCCUUUUGCCUAAAUAUUGCAAGUGUUUAUGCCUCAUUUCUAUCUUCUCUCUCUGCUUUUCUACUAUCAUUUUGUCUUGGGAAGAAACAACUUUGAAUAUGGCAUAUGAUUAAGUUUAUAUCAAAGUUAUCAUCACCCUUUUUAGAUAUACUGGUGAAUUUGGAACCUCCAUUGUUUCCAAAUGCUACAUUUAUAUCAACCUCUCUUUCUCAAGGUGAUUAUAUUGAUGAGAAGAUUUCUCUUUA